AUGAGUUAUCUUAUUAAAUAGAUAAAAAAGAUAGAUUUUUUUGGUGCUCCAUUAGUUUAGCAAAUAGAUUAAGAAUAGUCGAUUUAUAAAAGUAUUUUAGGAGGGAUUAUUACAUUACUUAUUUGUUCAGCUAGUUUAUUUUAUGCUACAUGGGUUAUAUAUUUAUGGAAUACCAAUUAGUUUAGUCCUAAAAUAUCCAGUUCUGUAUUUGUUUCAAACUUUGAGUUAUUAGACAUAAAUUAUGAUUUGAUCAAAAUCUGUUAUUAUAAAUAUGAAUAGAAUUUGAUAGACCCAUUUGAAGCUAAAGUACUUUUAGCUUUAAUAAUGUAUACUGAAAAUUAUACAUUUACCGAAACAAAAGUGUUAAAUUUAUCAAAUGAUACAACAUAUUAUGGAAACAAAUACAUUAACCCAUAAAUGAAAUUAGGAUUCACUAAUAUUAAUGGUGUAUUAAUAACAACAUCUGAAAUGUAUAUUUAAAUAAUAAAAUGUAAACCUGAACUUUUAUAAGAAGGAGAGUAAUGUGCAUCAGAAGAAAUAAGUAAUUAGUUUUUUAGUUAAGCUCAAAAUAUUAUUAUAAUGUAAAUUAAAUACAAAUAAUUGAAUUCAAAAGAUGGUUCAAUAGAAUCAAGUGUUUAAGAAUUUUUUGUUUAAGUUGAAAAACCUAAUUGCUAUACCUUAAAUACAUUUCUUUAAAGUAGUUAUUAUGAAGUUAAAGAUUCAAUACUUUUUGGAUCACCUAAAUAUUUUGAAUAUGUUAAUGGUGCUUUAAUUUAACCCCAAACUAAUACAGCUGAAUUUUGUAAUUAAGCAUAUGGUGAUGAAACAUUUGCAUCACUUUAUGUUGUUAUGAAAGGAAAUUAAAUGAAAACUAUUAUUGAAUAUCCUAAUGCUGGAGACUUACUUGCUAAUAUUGGUUCUAUUGUUUCAGUCUUGUUUAUGGUUAGACACAUUAUUGUUUUCUUUAAUUCUUAUUUUUUAAAUGAAAAAAUAAUUAAUGAUAUGAUUUCAUAUUAUUAUCCUUAAUUUUCUAAAAUUACAAUUCAAAAAAAUUGGAAGAAAGAAAUUAUUAAAGUUAAUUUAUAAAAGGAAUAACUUGAUUUAAAUGAAUAUAAAAGAUUUUAUGAUGAUGUAAGAACUAAAAUUGAAGAAAAGCUUACAUAUGUCAACAUGUUAUAUGAAAUGUCAAGAAUAUAUGUUUUAAUUCGUUCACAUAGAUCUUUGGAUGAAAUUAGAAAAUGUCAUUCUUUAGGUGUAAAACUAGGUCAUCUCAGAUAAACUACUGUUGCAAUGGAUCCUUUUUCUAAAUGUGCUAUCAGUUCUAAAGAAAAUGAAGAUUAAAUUCUUAAUGAUGAAGAUAUUGGAAUACUUUCAUUAUAAGAAAGAAAAAAAUAAUUUAAAAUUAAUAAUAUUGUUGAUGAAGAACCAGAAAUUCUAGAUUUUUAUGAUAUUAAUAGAAUUAAAUUAUGA